CGCUCCUCCGCAUCCCGGUCGCACCCGCACACCUCAUCAAAUCCAGUCUACGCCUCUAACACACAUCAUCAACAAUCCCAAUUCUAUACCUCCUAAACCCCACCCUCUCCCCUAAACCUAACUAGAGGCAAGAGAAAUGGGCUUCAUCGACUUCCUCAAAGAGAUCCUCCGCCCGGGGAACGGAGUCGACUACCCCCAGAAGGGCGACAUGGUCACCGUCCACUACCACGGGUAUCUGCAUGAUCCGACGCGGUCGUGGGGAAGGGGAAGGCGGUUCGACAGCAGCAUCAAGCGCGGGUAUCCUUUUACUUUCCAGAUCGGGAUGGGGACGGUAAUCAAGGGCUGGGAGGUCGGGGUGCUCGGGAUGAGUCUGGGAGAGAAAGCGCUGCUGACGUUCGGACCGCAUUAUGGGUACGGGGAGAAGGGCGCCCCGCCAUUUAUCCCCGGGAAUGCGAAUCUGGUCUUGUAAGUUUCUCCCCGAGUCUGGGUGGACGAUGCUAAUCCUGCAGCACGGUGGAAUUGUUGGCGAUUAAUGGACGGGGCCUGGAUUCCGGCAGUGAUUCGGAGUGAACAUGGC